AUGCCGGACUUGAUAACUGAAAAGAAUCGGCUGGAGAGACGCAUCUUGCAGUUUCCCCGCCGCCUCAGCCGCGACGGCCAUGCCUCGACCAUCGAAGCUCUGGGGGAGUUUCUUGCCAGGUUCAGCGGCCAAGGAGAAAUCCCUUGGCUCCGCAUCUACGACUCCUACCCGGCCUGGCAACAGCAAAGUGGCCUACUGAACCAGGAGUGGAGCAGAGCUGCUCUGUUGCAGAAAGCCAUGGUGUUCUUCACGCUAAUCACCGUUCAGGGUGACAAUGGCGGUGCCAUUAGCAGGAAGGCAUUGGGAGGUGGUGCCAAAUGGAAGAGCACGGGGGCAUCCAAGAUAGGGCGAGAAUUUGUUCUUGGCAAACUCUACUUCAAAAGGGAUGGCGAAACAACGCGCAGGUCCAGAGAGCAAGGGUUCACUGCUUUCGAGUUUCACCUCCCGAUGAACCUCUCGCCCCGCCCCCGAGUCGCCAUCUGCGUGCUGCAUCCUACGGACUAUCACCAUACCGUUCGGGAUUUGAAGGAUUAUACCCAGAAGGGAUGCUUUCCAGGGAGAUAUCAGGCAAACCUGCAGGUGGUGCAACAUGUGCCACCAAUCAAUCAAGGCCCCUGUGUUGCUGGUACCGGAUUCAUGAAUAGUCCACAGGUUGAUUACACCAGUAAUCUACUAGCUUCUAACAGUGAGAGAGACAUUCUGGGAGCAAAUCAAGUGGACCAGAUGGCAGUGCAACAUGAGGGACAAUAUUUAGACUCCCAUGCUGGAUUUAUGAAUGGUCUACAUGUUGAUUACACCAUUAAUAACACUGAGAGUUCUGGAUACAAUCCUCCUGCCGGAAUACAGAUGGAUAUACCAUCCAACACUUAUCCUAUGAAUGACGACAUGUCUUAUAUGCCAUCGGAAAUUAAUAUGUUUGGUGGACAAUAUUCUCAUGUAGAUGCCAUGUCAAUCCAGAGCGACUAUUGCAAUACUUCGUUUUGGAAUGGUAGCAUGCCUGCUCCAAUCCAGGAUGCCACGACUAGUUACAGCCAGCCAUCGAUUCAUUCCUCUGCAUCUCUGGAUGAACGUUUUGAUCAGCUCCUAUUAUUGGAAAACAACUCAAUGCCCGAGCCUGGUGGACAAAAUUCGCAUGCUGAUGGGAUGUCAACCCAGAACUACUACUACUACAAUCCUUAUUGAGAGUUUUGAGAUUGUGAUGUGCUAUAUGAAGUAUUUGAAUUAUCAUGUUUUUCUUGGAUAAUCGUGUCUUGUUCCUAGGACAAUGCUAUAUAUGUAAUAGUAUUGAUUGAUGGACAAGUACACGUUGUUUGCUUGGAACGAUCUCUAUGUUCAUGUCUUCCAUUCAUUCCAAAAUGUAGUGUAUAUUUUGUUUCCUAAAAAGUCAAACAUUUCUAUGUUUGACCAAAUUUAAGGAAAAAUAAUCAACAUCCACAGUACAAAAUUAGUAUCAUCAGGUUCAUCAUGAAGUGCACUUUGAUAUUUUAUUUAUUUAGUAUUUUAGAUAUUGGUAUCUUUGACUUUU